AUGGACUAUAGUAAUAAUUUAAAUAUAACUAGCACAAGAAGAAAUAGUAAUGGUGGGGUAACAAUAUUAACAAAAUUAAAAAAUAGCAGUGGCAAUAAUUCCCCAAAUAUUAGUAGUAGCAAUAAUAAUAAUAAUAAUAAUGCAACAAACGAGGCAAUUGAAGAGCUUUUAAUAAAAGCAGAGGAGGAGAAUGAAAAAAUUAUAAAAGAUGAAAUAAUAAAUGAAAUAAAUAAUAAUAGUAGUAAUAAUAGCAACAACAACAACAAUAAUAAUAAUAAUAAUAAUAAUAGCCACAGCCACAGUGAAGAAAAUGAAGAUACCGAAGAUUUAAAAUUAGAAGAUGUAGAGGAAAAUAGUGACGAUAGUGGCAGUAGUAGUAGUAUAAAUAGUAAAAAAGAAUUUGCAAAGUCACUUGAAAGUCAUUUUUUUUCAAACUACACAUAUUAUUUAAAGUUAUUAGAACAAAUAAGAAGGGAAGAUAACAGAUUUGACCAUAGCAUUGGUUUUAAAGUCGUUAUGGAAUACACAAGAUUUAUUGUUUUAAAGGUGUUGGAAAAAGAUGAGAAGGAUCAAAUAAUUAUAGCGCCGCCAUUAGUUGAAACUUUUUGGAAAUAUCACAUUUUAAAUACCGAAGAAUAUGAAAAGUUUUGUGGUUUAGCAAAUUUAAAAAUUCAUUAUUAUCCUCCUAAUCACUAUGAUAGGGAUCAUAUUGUCACAGGUUAUCAAAAAACUUUAAGCCUGUAUAGAUUGUAUUUUAAAGAUUCAGAAUUGGAUACUUCAAUUUGGGUUAAUAAUAUUUGGGAAAAAUCACCUAUAAUUUCACCAAGGGUACAGGUUUUACCAAUUAUCCAACAUGUUAAUAGCAAUGGUAAUAAUUCACCUCACCAGCCACAACAUCCACAAUUACUGCAACCACAAACACAAUCGGUGCCCCAGUAUCAACUCCAAAGCCAGCUUUCAAAAUUGCAACAAGUGUCACAACCUUUAAUAUCUAGUUUAUCUCCAUCCUCUUCACAAAUUCAGCAACAUCAAACUCAGUCUCAACAGUUAUUACAACAACAAUUACAAAUAGACCAUAUAAUUCAUUUAGAAAAUGAAAAUUCAGGCCAAGAGUCAAAUAUAGGUUCAUCACCAAAUUCAGCAACUACAUCACCAUUAUUAUCAUCGAUACCAAAAAAAAGAGGAAGACCACCUAAAUUCCAGGCACAAACCGCCCAACAAAUCAAUAAUAUCGUCGCCAACAUUAGCGGUAAACCAACUUCAUAUGGUGAUGGAUUUUCUCUAAACGAGAGCAUCGAUUACGAAAAUGAAGCGAUUAAUAAAAAAAAUAAGAAUAUUAAUAAUAGUAACAUCAGUAAUAGUACAAUAAAUUGUAAUAUAAAUAAUGAUAACGAUUCAACUAAUAAAAUAAAUUAUUCUUUUAAUAACAAUAAUAAUAACAAUAGCAAUAAUAAUAAUAAUAAUCAAACAACAACAACAACCACAACAACAACAACAGCAAACAUUUCAAAUAAUAAUACACCAAAUAAAAAAUCUAAAGGUAAUCAAUCAGAUAAUCCUAAAUGUACUAGAUGUAAUGAACAAAGUGCAUGGAAACAUGAUAAAAAGAGAUGGUGGUGUAAAAAUUGUAAAAAAUCAUUUACCCCAGGAGUAAACCCCAAACCAUAUAAUAGUGUCGCUAAUAUUGGCCAUAGUGGUGGCGGCGGUUUACUUAUGUCAAUCAGACAAGACCAAAACUUUCACUCUCAUAUAACUCCAAACUCAUCAAAUAUAUCACCAAAUAAACAAGAAAAUUUUCAAAAAUUAAAAAGUUAUAUUAGUGUUAUAAAUAGUGAAUUGGAACAGCAACAUAAACAGGAUAAUAAAAUAAUACAAAAAGAUAUUAGUGGUUAUGGUGCAAAAAAAACAGAUCUUGAUGAUGAAGAGGAGUACGAUUAUGACGAAGAAAUGGUUAUAGAAGAAAAUAGUAGUGGUAGCAGUAACAACAGCAACAGCAGCAAUAAUAACAAUCUUGAUGACCCAAAUAAAGAGACAGGAGGUUUUACCGUGUUUUUAAAGGAUGCAAAUGGUGUAACAAAUAUUAAAGUGCUUAAAAAAUAUACAGUAGAACAACUAAAGCACUUGAUCAAACGUAUAAAAGGAGUCCCAACAAACCAACAGUAUUUAGUAUAUAAUAACAAAUAUAUUGACAACACUUGUCUUUCAUCAACUUUAGAAUCACUUGGAAUGGUCAGGGAUAGCACUGUUUAUUUAGACUUAAAAUAA